AUGAAAAUUUUUAAUAUCCUAAAAUAAUUGGAUUUGUUUGGAGCACAACUGUUUUAGAGAGUUGAUCAAGAUUCUUAAAUAUACAAAAGCAUAUUUGGAGGUAUAAUAUCCUUAUUGAUUUUUUCUUCAAGUUUAGCUUAUGCAUUUUGGGAAUUUUAUAGGUGGAAUACUUACUAAUUAAAUCCUAAAAUAUCUACAUCUCUUUACGCAUCUGAUUUCUCUUUGUUGGAUUAGAAUUAUGGAAUUAUUAAGAUUAAUUAUUGGAAAGACAAUAUUGAUGCAAUUGACCCUUUUGAGAAAAGAAUUCUAAUACCAAUGAUAAGUUACACUGAGAAUUAUAUUGUUGUAGACACCUAAAUAUUAAAGUUUUCAAAUGAAACUAGUUAUAAUGGAAAUUAGUUUCUGAUACCAUAAAUGAAACUUGGAUUUUCUUAAAUUAAUGGUUCUUUAAUGACGACAUCUGAGAUGUAUAUUUAUUUUGUUAAAUGUUCUGAAGAACUUUUGAGCGAAGAUGAAAAAUGUGCAUCUUAAGAUAUAAUUGACGAUUUUUUUAAAUAACCAUUAAACACAAUAGUGAUGCAAAUCCAUUACAAUUAAUUAAAUUCUAAAGAUGCAUCAAUUUAAUAGAGUGUUUAAGAGUUUUUAAUCUAAGUUGAAAAAGAAAGCUGCUAUACAUUGAAUACUUAUCUUCAAACUACAUAUUACGAUGUGAGAAAUUCGUUUCUUUUUGGUUAACCAAAUUAUUAUGAGUUUGUUAACGGAGUUUAAAUUUAACCUCAAACUAAUUCUGUUUCUUAUUGUAAAUAGGCAUUUGGUUAUGAAACUUAUUCUGUAAUUUAUAUCUAAAUGAAAGGGAAUCAGGUAAAGACUAUUUUGGAAUACCCAACUGUUGGGGAUAUAUUGGCAAAUAUUGGUUCAAUAGUAUCAGUGCUAUUUAUGGCAAGAUUUAUUAUAAAUUCAAUGAACUCUUACUUUUUACAUUAAUAGGUAAUACGAGAUCUAAUAUCAUUUUAUUAUCCUCAAUUCUAAGAUAUCAAAAUCAUUAGAAAUUGGAAAUUUUAAAUUAAAAAGGUUUAACUAAAAAAUGAAGUAAUAGAUAGUAAAGAAUUCCAAGAGUUCUACAGAAACAUUAAAAGCUAAAUGGAAUUGAAAAUGACUCUUUCAAACAUAAUUUACGAGAUAUCAAGGCUGUAUUUAUUAGUGCGUUCAAAUAAGUUAAGAGAAGAGAUAGAGCGGUGUCAUUAAAUUGGUAUUAGUUUUAAUUCAAUUUAUCUAUAAAGUAAUGAAUUAGAAACUAGUUUAAAAUCAACAGCAAGAAAAUCAGAAUGGCUCUAUUUAAACAACUAAGAUGUAAACCUUUUAUCUCUUUCUCGAAGAAAGUAAUAGAGAUUAGACAGUAUUGAUAAUGAAAUACCAAUUGAAGAAAAUGAUUUCUAUGGUCUUAACAAAGUAUAUUCCUGA